AGUAACUUAACCUAUGGACAGUGCAGGCCUGGCCAAGAACAUUUGCCCCUGUCAGUCAAUCUGACUGCCACCCCCUCCAAGCUUACCCCAUUGGAAGGUCUCACUCUCUUUCUGUCACUCUCACAGUAGUCCUCUUUAUGUCUCCAGCAUUGACCAGUUACUGACAGUGCUCCUCUCAGCGUCUUAUUGCAAGCUGAUCACACAAGUACUGCACUGGACUAAACAACACCCUGUCUUGUUGCUUUCCCAGAUUCAAAGGGGGGACCCCUUUUUUUCUAAGGAUCUUUUUUGCUAGGACUUGGGAACAAGUGUGUGGAUCUCAGCUUGGAGUAUCUUAUCUGCCCUGGACCUUGUCUAUUGGAUACCAUUAUAAUUGGUGUCCAUUCCCAGCUGUAGCAAAUAUUUAUUUGUGUGCUAGUGAGUUGGUUUUAAUUUGUGAGGUUGUGUGUGAGACAAAUAGGCAAAGAGCUGCGGUGCUGGACUCCAGCAAUCAUUCCAGGUUAAUUCUUCAGUAAUUGGCCCGGUUGUAGCUGUGAACAUGGCAUCAAUGAGAAAAUGUAUUCUUGCACUGCUUCUGGCGCUGCUGUGCUCCUUCCAUACUCCACUGGCUCCAACUGCCAAGGCGCAAGAUCUACCAUUCCGCUCUGAGCAAGGUCUGGUGGCAGACGACAACGAUGAUGAAGGCGAUGACGAUGACGACGACGAUGACGACGAUGACGACGAUGAUGACGAUGAUGACGACGAUGACGACGAUGACGACGAUGAUGACGAUGAUGACGAUGAUGACGGCAGCAGCGAUGAUGACGGCGGCGGCGAUGAUGAUGGCGAUGAUGAUGGCGGCGAUGAUGGCGAUGGCGAUGGCGGCGGCGAUGGCGAUGGCGAUGGCGGCGAUGAUGACGAUGGCGGCGGCGGCGAUCGAUGAUAAUGCGAUGGCGAUGAUGAUGAUGACGACGAUGAUGAUGAUGACGAUCAUGGAGAUAAUGAUGAAGAUGACGACGACGAUGACGAUGACGAUGAUGAUGAUGAUGAUGUCAACAAUGGCGAUGGUGGUGCUUAUCACAAGGGCUCUGUGUGCUCAUAUUGUGAAUUCUGUGAGCACUGUGACAGUUGUGAAAAUUGUCCUUGUGAAGAGGGAGAAAAAUCUGAACACUGUGAUGACUGCAAGAUGUGCAGUUUCUGUAAUGCGUGUCCCAUUUGCCAAACUCUUUGCCAGCCUGGUGGUUUUCUUGAUGAAGUGACUGGAUCAAUCUACAAGACUGUGGCUGAUGUGUUCGAUGAUGAUGACAACUAAGCCCAACCACGUGCUGCCACCAUGUGGCCAAAAAUUUAUGUUACACCUUCACCUCUGAUUUUCAAAGUCUUCUUCCUUGAGAUCAUCAUGCUUGCUUACAAUGAAUGAACAGAAAUUGUUUAAGACGUAACUUAAUAUAUUUGUGUUCUGUAAACUGCCAAAUCAAAGUCAUACUUUUAAGGAAAAUUAUAUAUUUGAGGUCAUAUUUGGGAUAUUUUAAAUAAAAAAAGAGACAUUUUA